CGUACUACCAAAGGGCUGACCUUGGACUUUGAUUGAAAUAUUUAGGACUGUUAGAAUUGGAUUAAAAACACCCUAAAAUUCAGAGACCCUUUUCACUUAAUUCGUCUGUUACUCUUCUGAUAAUGCUUUGGAUUUACUAACACCCACGAAAUUACAAUCAAUUGUCUAUCUGAUCCCCAGAUUUGCUUCGAUUCCAAGUGUUAGAUCGGAUGGCUGAAGGGGGAGUUCAAUCUCGUUAUGUGAAGCUGACCAAAGAUCAAGGGCCUUUGGAAGAUAUUAAGCCUGGAGAACUCAAUCAGCCCAUUGAUGUUCCUCAGUUGCAUGUUCGAAAGUGCAAUGAAUGUGGACAGCCCUUACCUGAAAGCUUUGAGCCUCCCGCAGAUGAACCCUGGACAACGGGGAUUUUCGGUUGUGCAGAAGAUACAGAGAGUUGCUGGACAGGACUUCUAUGCCCGUGUGUUUUGUUUGGACGUAAUGUUGAAAGCUUGAGAGAAGAUACCCCUUGGACUACACCAUGCAUGUGUCAUGCCAUUUUUGUUGAAGGUGGGUUUGCACUUGCAGCAGCAACAGCAUUUUUUCAUGGUAUUGACCCGAGGACAUCAUUUCUUAUUUGUGAGGGUCUGUUAUUUGGUUGGUGGAUGUGUGGCAUAUACACUGGUCUCUUUCGGCAGUCCUUGCAGAAGAAGUAUCAUCUCAAGAACUCGCCUUGCGAUCCAUGUGCGGUGCACUGCUGCAUGCACUGGUGUGCCUUGUGCCAAGAGCACAGGGAGAUGAAGGGACGUCUCUCGGAUAACAUUGUUUCGCCAAUGACCAUAGUCAACCCUCCCCCCAUUCAAGAGAUGAAUUCUGCCAGCCACAGCCAUGAUGAUACUGCACCAUCCUCUGCAAAAAGCAGCGAGCACACCAGUUUGGAGAUGCAAGCCCUGUAGAUCCACUGUUGCUCAUAUACUUCUAGAAGGGGGUGCGUGUGUUUGUGUUUUACUCAUAUGAGAAGAGUUUCAAUUGCAUUUAUACAAAACUAAGGCAUUCAGUCCCCAUUGUGAGGAGUUUUUUUACUUUCGUUAAAUCAGAUGCCCUUGAUAAUUUGGUCUUUGAGACUGGUGUAAACAGUAUAUUGACAUUGUUUUAAAUUCGGAUGCAUAAUUUUGGUCUGGCCUUUGAUGUUUUACAUUAUAUAGAGGAAGAUGCGCAUUGCAUUCAAGUUGUCUAUACUCCAUACAGCAUAAACAUGAGAUUAAAUAGCGAAUUUUUAAUCAGAUUGGAUGCCUCUAGGGUUGCAGAUUGCUUUUCU